AAAAGAAACAACUUUCAUUAUUCUACAAUAACUUCGGUUAAUAAGUAGAAGAUGGCUUCCGGUCAAAAAUCGUUCCUCUUAAGUAUUGUUGCUCUGAAGACUUUAGGACUGGUAAUUGAACAUACAUUUACAACACCAAAAAUUGGACAUAUACAUUUAUUAACCAUCGCUGAUGUUUGGCAACACGUUGCUGAUAUCAACCAAUAUGGUCUUGAUAUAAGUGGAAUUACAACGCUUACAUUUGAGGUGAAGGCGUGUAAAGAUGUUAACAUCAUUAUGUCAAAUUCAGACGAUGGAAACUCCUCAAAGCCAAUUUAUCAAUUUAUUAUUGGUGGAUGGGGAAAUAAAAAAUCAGCUAUUCAAAGACGGCGUGACUAUCCUUUAACAAAUGGGUCCUUCCAAGCCUUCAAAUUCGACACUAGUGACCUUUGUAACUGUGCUGAAUAUCGACCAUUCUGGAUCAGUACCACCAACGGUGUUCUAAUGAUAGGAAAAGGACUUAUCGUUGGUACAAAUGUUAUAGCUGAAUGGACCGACCCAAAUCCUUUUACUGUAAGAAGAAUUGGAAUAUACACGAAUAUUGGGGAAGCAGGAGUAUGGAAGGUGCAGAUAGAAGUUGUGAAUAACCUUUAUGAUGGUCAUUUAUCUCGAUGUACAACAAACGAUAAAGCAGUCCUGAACAUUUUGUUCUCAAACAAAAACACGUCAUUGUUGAAGUGUACUGCCAUGUGUGAUACGUUAACCUCGUGUAUUGGCUUCAACUAUAAUAAACAGAGAUCCCAAAGAAACAAGAAGAGGGUUGGAGAUUUUAUUCAAAGUGUUACAGAUACCAAGGUGCAUGUCUUUGGUGCUACUUCUGAUGGUGUUCGUCUCCAUCAAGAAGAGUUUGGUGUUACAUCUGAUGAAUGA